AUGGCUGGUAUUCUCACAAAAGCGACGCCAUUGGUCGAGACAAGAGAUGAAGAUUGGGAUACGAGUUUCGCUGUGAAUGCAAAGGGCGUUUUCAACUGCUUAAGAGCGGAGAUCAGAGCUAUGAAACCUGGGGGAAGUAUUGUCUCAGCAGCAAGUGUCUUCGGCCAAUUCGGUGCUAUUGGUGCCGCGCCAUACUGCGCGACUAAAGCAGCCGUCACAUCCAUGAGUCAAGUUGCUGCGAAGGAGAAUUCGCACCUGAGGAUCAAUUGUGUUGCACCUGGCUUGAUUGAUACUCCCAUGCUCCGAAGCCAGAACCCAGAAGCUGUAGAAAAAAAUCUACAAUUUCCCGUCAUGAAGAGGAGAGCUGAAGCGGAGGAAGUGGCACAUGUGAUUGCUUUCUUGCUAAGUGAAAAGGCAUCUUUUGUCACGGGUGCUGUGUGGAACAUUGAUGGUGGAUGGCCAAGCGCACCACAAACGCAUUACUCAUUCUUCCCGAAAGCGCUACCAAACGGCCCACCACCAGCCGCGCCCUUCACUAUCGACCUCUCCGCCCUCAAGCGUGAGUUCCUGCAACUACAAGCGCGCGCGCACCCAGACAUGCAUCCUCAAUCCGACAAAAAGCGUGCCGAAGCGCUCUCCGCCCGGAUAAACGAAGCCUACAAAACGCUGCAGAAUCCGCUGUUGCGGGCACAAUAUCUACUAUCGCUGCGCGGAAUUGAAGUCGCCGAAGAUGAAACUGCGAAAGUAGAUGAUCCAGAGCUACUCAUGGAAGUGCUGGAGGCAAGAGAGUUAAUUGAGGAGGCGGAGAGCGAAGGAGAUUUGGUGGGGUUGCGGGAAGAAAAUGAUGAGAAGAUCAGGCGGAGCGAAGAGGUGUUGGAGCAGGCGUUCAAGGAGGACGACAUUGCGGGAGCAAAAGAAGAGGCGGUCAAGUUGACGCCUCGGCCCACCACCCCUCCAUCAAAGCUCGCCGCGUCGCGUUUCGCACCCUCUCUCCUUCCCUCCACCAUGUCACCCACGUCCUUCACCUCCGCCGAAGCCGUCCCCGACAAAGAUGGAUUGAUCCACGGCGUAUCCGCGCAAGAGCUGCAAAUCAUCGGCGAGCAAUGUAUUGACGCAAAGACCAGGGCUUACUGUAAGCUUCGCCCAUUUUCGCAGUAUCGAAGGAUGUGUAUACUAACAGGAUCUCCAAGGCCCGUACUCCCUCUUCCGCGUCGGCGCCUCCCUCCUCCUGCAAUCCUCCAUCUCGCCCGGCCCCCUUCUGCCCUCGCCCCGACCUACCCCCUCUCACACAUCCUCACUGGCGCCAACGUCGAAAACGCCGCAUACCCCGUCGGUACCUGCGCCGAGCGUGUCGCCAUGGGCACAGCCGUGCACUCGGGCUAUCGCAUCGGGUCAUUCAAGGCCGUCGGCGUGGCCACGGACAUUGACGAUUUCUGCAGCCCGUGCGGCAUGUGCAGACAAUUUCUGCGCGAGUUUCUGGCGCUCGAGACGCCGAUCUUCAUGUUUAAUAAGGAGGGGAAGUAUAUUGUGCGGACAAUGGGCGAGUUGUUGCCACUGAGCUUUGGGCCGGACGUGCUCCCACCCAGGGAGGAGAUGAGGAAGGUGCAGGAGGAGGACAAGGCGAAGACUGCGUAG